UUCGACGCGACGCGACCAAAAAAAGUUAUCAACCAUGUCGUUUGAUUUUCUUCCUGCAGAGCUGAGAAUCCAGGUCCAGGACGUGGUAAACGCAUAUCCGCCGGCGGAAGAGGUUUUCCGAGCGAUCAUCGACCAUGUGGGCGGGACAAAGCGCCGCAAGCUGGACUCCGACGCCGACGUCCUGCCUACAAGUCUGGCUGGGUCGCACAUCGUGUUGCAGAUCCCAGAGCUGUCUGUGCAGUCGCCGAUCCGCAAGAAACUCAAUAUUGUGUUUGGCUGUUUUCCCGGCGAGCGCAAGGUGUUUUUGGCGCUCACCAAAAGCCUCGAGUCGAAGCCAGAAUUGCUCAUCACAGAUCUGUCGGUGAAUAAUAUUCGGUUUGCUGUUGUUUUGGACGUGCCCGAGAAAAGACAAUACAAAACACUACUCAUCACCUACGAUGCCAACAAGGGCCAGAUGUACAAGAACGACCCGAUCCUGAUCCAGUUCAACAACGACGAAUUGAGCGAGCAGUUUGGCCCGCUGCUGGACAAGAUCGACCUGACAGACUUUCUACAGCAGCAGUUCCGAACGUUCGGGUUUGAUCUCGUGAAAGGAUUUGGCCCGCAGUGUUUUUUUGUGGACGCGUACAAAGGGUCUAAAGAGGGCUAUCUGUACUUUCUUCCCAACCAUGUGAUAUUCGGCUUCAAGAAACCAAUCCUCAUAUUCGAUUCCACCAACAUCGAGUCCAUCACAUACACUUCAAUCACGCGGCUCACGUUCAAUGUGACACUGACACUACUGCCGGACUCCGAGCGACACGAGUUCUCCAUGAUCGACCAGAAAGAGUUCGAGAAGAUCGACCAGUACGUCAAGAGCAAAGAGCUGAGAGACAGGUCGAUGACGGACGAGCUCAAGGCCCAGAGGCAGCUCAAGAACAAUACCGACAACCCUGGCGCUCUUGCAGAGGCCGCCAAGCUUGUGCCCGGAGGCAGUCAGAUCGUCGGCAAGGACGACGACGACGAAGAGGAGGACGAGAACUAUCAGAGUGAUGAGAGCAGCAGUGAUGACGGCUCGAGCGGCGAUGAGGAGCAGGAGGAGGCUGCUGAAGUGGACGACUUGCAGGCAGAGCUGAAUAAUUUGCAAGAGGACUAUGAGGACCUGGGCUAUAUUGAUUUCGGGAAUGAGGAUGAACCAGAGCCAGAAUGAAAUAAAUAAAAUAGAUAAAUAAAUAGGUUAGGUGUUGCUGCGAUGCAGCUCACGCCGUCUUCUGUCUCUGUUCCUUAAGUUUCUUCAAUCUUUCCUCUAUAAUGUCAUCGUUGUUCCUAACCCACUUCUCAAACAGGUACCCAAAUCCUACCCAGGCUCCACUAGAAUAGACAUAUCCCAUUGGAGCAUACGUGAAACUCACAUUCCGCAGAGCUUGCUGGUAUGCCCUUGCAAAAGCCCCGAAAAGCGCCCAUCCAGCUAGAUUCGAAAGCAUAACAAAUAAGGUUA